AUGAUUAUGGACUUUACCAAAUAUGCCUCAUUAAACGGCUCUUUCACCAUCUAAUCAGACUGCUUUCACAAAUAGCCUCAACCUUUAUUUAACAUCGGAAACAUAUUCUUGCUUGCAAUAGUCGGACGAGGAGGAAGAGUUAUUGAAUUUAAACCAGCAAUGCGGGGGGGCCCUCUGAUUUGUACUUGGAAAGAGCUUCCAAUAAAGGCUAUCAUAAGAGUUGCAAUACGUGAGGCACAGGCGAAACCUGGCUCACAGAUAAACAACCUUAUGGGAUGCAUAGGUGACCCUUAAUCGCUAAGUUUGAGCGGCUCAAAAUUUUCUAAAUUGAAUUCGAGGCGCCAAAAAGUCUCCCUUUGGGCAUACGAAAAGGGCACUGGCUCGGUGUUUAAAGCUUGGAAACCCCCUUAGUAUUAGCGCUUUAUAAUAUAAUUGAGAUUUGGAGUCAUGGUAAAGACCAAAUGUGGUUUGGAAUUCGAGGGCGAUAGUAAUGAAGUGGAAGACUAACUAAGAAUGGAUGAAUUGGCCAAAGAGACAAAGUUUCCUAAUGAUGAUGAUGAUAACAACACAUAAAGAAGUAUUGUUUUGAAUGAUUAGUGA